AAUACACCAGUGGGCACGCCGAUUUUCAUAGUGAACGCCACGGAUCCGGACCAGGGGGCAGGAGGCAGCGUGCUUUACUCCUUCCAGCCUCCUUCCAAUUUCUUUGCCAUCGACAGCGGCCGUGGCAUCGUGUCGGUGAUACGGGAGCUGGACUACGAAGUCACUCAGGCGUACCAGCUCCAGGUCAACGCGACGGACCAAGAUAAAAACAAGCCGCUGUCCACUCUGGCCAACCUGGCAAUCACCGUUACAGACGUGCAGGACAUGGACCCCAUCUUCAUCAACCUGCCCUACAGCACCAACAUCUAUGAGAACUCACCUCCGGGUACCACCGUGCGGAUGAUAACGGCGAUCGACCAGGACAAGGGCCGUCCCCGGGGCAUCGGCUACACCAUCGUCUCGGGUAACACCAACAGCAUCUUUGCGCUGGACUACAUCAGCGGAGCUUUAACCCUGAAUGGGCCGCUGGACCGGGAAAACCCCUUCUAUAGCGCUGGAUUCAUCCUCACGGUGAAGGGGACAGAGCUGAACGAUGACCGCACACCCUCCAACGCCACCGUCACCACCACCUUCAACAUCCUAGUCAUCGACAUCAAUGACAACGCACCCGAGUUCAACAGCUCGGAGUACAGCGUGGCCAUCCCAGAGCUGGCCCAGGUGGGCUUUGCCCUUCCCCUCUUCAUCCAGGUGCAGGACAAAGACGAGGGACCCAACAGCGUGUUUGAGGUUUACCUGGUGGGCAACAACUCCAACCACUUCAUCAUCUCGCCGACCUCCAUCCAGGGGAAGGCGGACAUCCGCGUCCGCGUGGCAGUGCCGCUGGACUUUGAGACCAUUCCUCGCUACAAAUUUUCGCUCUUUGCAAAUGAGAGCGUCCCAGACCACGUUGGCUUCGCCCGUGUGAAGAUUAACCUCAUCAACGAGAACGACAACCGCCCCGUUUUCAGCAAGGCCCUGUACAACGUCAGCCUCUUUGAGAACACCACAGUGGGCACCACCGUCCUCCAGGUCCACGUGAGUAGGAGCAUCCUGACUCUCUUUGCCAUGUCCUUGGCGCGCGUGUGGCUCCGCAAUGCCUGUCACCAAGAGAUGGUGGGCUGGGGAGCCUG